CUGUCGUUAAAUAUUUGAGGUUUAUUUUUCAAAUUGUGUGUUAGCGCCCGCUAAUUAUUAUUUCGGCUGAACACUAUUCGAAAUCUUGGUCUAGAAAGAGGGCAGGAACAUUGCCAUAUAACACUGCUGUACGGUAACAUCAUUGAACUUCAGUUAUGGGUAAUACGGGAGAGAAAUUAUAGAGUUUGAUUUAUAGAGACACUUACAUCCGAAUAGAAAAUGACACCAAUAUCGAUAUCGUCGACACAAAGGCCACUAACUACGAUUCAUUCGAUUGGAGACCUGGGCGCCGCCCUGACCAAAAGCUUAACAGAUUAACUAUCAAAUCUCAUGACACAGAUACAACUUAUCUUCCAGUAAGAUUUAAUGCCACUAAUUGCCCAUUUACUUUAAAAUUGAAGUUUAAAAACAAUACUGAUGUGGAAGUAAGAAUGGUUCAAAAGGAAGUGCUAUGGAACGAGACAUUCUAUGGAAGUCAUCGCCAACGUACCCGCCACAGUCGAGUCGAAAAAUCAUCAGGCUACAAAGUCUCUUUAGACGUCGAGGGACGGCGAACGAUAGUUAACCUCAGACUAUCAAAAGAUCAACUUGAGGAGAUACGAGCCAAAAAUAUAAACAAAGAAGGGGAGCACGCACUAAAAAACGACUAUCUACACGUUGCUGUUCGCAAGUUUGAAGAAGCUGCGGCUCUGGCCAACACCUCGGAAUCUAGAACACAAAUAUCAAAGAACCUAGUUGAGACCCGUACAAAAAUCGCUCGCAAGCUUGUGCAAAAGGCUUUAUUUAUCGAAACAUCUGGUGGAAAUCCUGAAGAAGCAUCACAGUUGCUUCUGCAAGCGAAAGAAAAUUUGGAGAAAGCUAGUGAACUGGACAGUUCUAAACAAACACGCCGGCAAUUACAAUUCGUCGAUUUGAAAAUUGACGGUAAUACAUCGUUUAAUAAAGCCGUCGAAUUGGAAGAAGAAGCUCUUUCAGUUUUAGAAAACGCUCUGGAGUCAAAUGAAACAGAAUUUUUUACCGCUACCGCCAAAAAAUACAGCGAAGCUUUAAACUUGUACAAAGAAGCGCUGAAAAAAUAUGAGGAAGCUCAGAAACUAAACGAGGCUAACGUUCAAAACGAAAUCGACUUAAUAUUAAGACAAAUAGAGGAACUCCGCGAAAGUGAAGACCACAUGGUGAGACUCCAUCUCUCACACAAUAUUAAAAAUAUCAAAAUCGAGAAAACGGAUGCUACAAAGCAACAGACUACAAGCCAGACUUACCAGGAACAAACAGAUAUAAAAAUGAUCUGCAUUCCGAAACCUAGUGCCGAAGUAGGCAACAGACUCGUCAGUAGUACUAUCGGUGCCGAAGCGCCUUUUUCCUCUGGUCUGUUCACCAUGGACUAG